CCAUUAUGCUGCAACAAUGAAGUCGAGAGCAUGAUUCAAUAGCCAUGUGAUGCUUUCGUACCUGAAGCCGAAGUUGGCGUUACAGAGACCUGGGUCUCCUCGAUACACCACAUGAACUCCAUCGAUUUCGUUGUCUUAAUAUAAUAAACCUAUUUAUUCAUUCAAAUUUUCUUUCUUUUUUCGUUUAAGAUAUUAUCUCCCUUUCAAAGUUUUGUUUAUUGCCUCAUGAUCAAUAACUAUCGAUUUUAACAAGAAAAGAAGAGAAUAAAGAUGGCGUCUUUGCGGCUUCGGGGCCGAAAGUGUCAGGCUUUCGCUGUUUCUUGCAUUCUACAUGAUAACAUGAGGCCUUAUUGUUAUUGGUUCCAGUCUGACAUGAGGCUUGGAGCUUUAUUUAGUGCUUGCAUCACCACAAGGGAUUAUGGUAGUUAUAGUAGCAGCAAAAUGUUUGAUAUCAUGGAUCUAACCUGUCCUCACACGUGGUAUCCAAAUGCGCGGAAAAAACAUCGCAAGAUCAUCCUGCAUGUGGGUCCUACAAAUAGUGGUAAAACACACCGUGCUUUAAAGCAACUUGAAUCGAGUCCUUCUGGCAUAUAUUGUGGGCCACUGAGAUUGUUGGCGUGGGAGAUUGCCAAAAGGUUGAAUAAGGCAAAAGUUCCUUGUGAUCUGAUUACGGGACAAGAAAGAGUGGAAGUUGAGGGCGCAAAACACAAGGCCGUGACAGUUGAGAUGGCUGAUGUCACAUGCAAUUACCAUUGCGCUGUUAUUGAUGAAAUUCAGAUGCUGGGGUGUAGGACAAGGGGUUUUUCAUUUACACGUGCUCUUUUGGGAAUGGCUGUUGAUGAGCUUCACCUUUGUGGAGACCCGGCUUCUGUUCCACUUAUUCAGGAAAUGUUGAAAGUGACUGGUGAUGAUGUCAAGGUUGAAUACUAUGAAAGACUUUCGCCUCUAGUUCCACUAAAGGUUCCCCUGGGACCCUUUUCCAAUAUUCAAACAGGAGAUUGUAUUGUAACCUUUUCACGUAAAAAGAUAUACAGAUUCAAGAAACUAAUCGAAAAUAGGGGAAAGCGUCUCUGUUCUGUAGUUUAUGGUUCCCUACCACCAGAAACUCGUACCAGACAGGCUACAAUGUUCAAUGACGCAAGCAGUGAGUUUGACGUUCUUGUGGCUAGUGAUGCCAUUGGGAUGGGUCUUAAUCUGAACAUUUCCAGAAUUAUAUUUUCAACACUACGGAAGUUUGAUGGUAUUGAGACACGAGAGCUUACGGUAUCAGAGAUUAAACAAAUUGCAGGGAGAGCUGGCAGGUAUGGAUCAAAAUUUCCUGAUGGAGAAGUAACCUGUCUAAAUGAAGAUGAUCUACCUUUGCUUCAUUCCUCACUGAAAUCCCCAUCUCCCAUUAUAGAGCGAGCUGGAUUAUUUCCCUCAUUCGAUUUAUUGUACAUGUAUUCACGCUUACAUCCAAAACAUAGCCUCCAUCAAAUAUUGGAGCAUUUUGUGGAUAACGCCAAAUUGUCUGAGAACUAUUUCAUCGCUGAUUGUGAGGAAAUGUUGAAAGCUGCUGCUGUUAUUGACGAAUUGCCCCUUACAUUGCAUGACAAGUAUCUCUUUGUUAUAAGUCCAGUCGACAUGAAUGAUUAUAUUGCAUCUCAGGGUUUUACUCAGUUUGCGACUAAUUACGCAAAGACAGGUAUUGUUCGACUUCGAGAAAUAUUUACACCUGGAACACUUCGGGUGCCAAAAACUCAUGAUUCACUGAAGGAGCUUGAAUCCAUUCACAAGGUUUUAGAUCUUUAUGUGUGGUUGAGUUUCCGUUUGGAGGACGCAUUCCCAGAUAAAGAAGUGGCAGCCUCCCAAAAGGCAAUAUGCAGCAUGUUGAUAGAAGACUUCCUGGAAAGACACGGGGAUCAGAAGCCAACGGCUUGGCCAAGAAGGUUGCAGCCACGCACUGGCCUCAGUUCUUUAUCGUUCUAAAAUGUCAGACAACAUCGAUGAGCUACCUCGUAGUCGUAUAUUAUUUUAGUCCUUUGUCCUGGCUUCGGUACCAACUUCCUGAGUCUCAUCCACCUUACCCUUACCCUUUCCCUUGCAUAUUCUGCAUGUAUUAUUUGUUUAACCAUUCUUUUGUUGCACAAUGUAUUAAAAAUAUCGCGAUAAUUGGGAAAAAAAAAUUCUAAGCUUAGAACAAUCUAAUAAGCAGUAUUGUUUGCU